AUGAUGUUUUUGUAUGAGCAUGAACCGAAUUUUUCUGGUUCGAUAUCUUCCACUCGGAAGGUCCUCGAUGCAAUGUCUAUAUGCGCUCGCGCUACAAUUUUCUACAACUUCAAGGCAAAUAGGAUAGCUCGCGGUUUCUAUGCUUACAAGCGUCCGCAGUGGAGCGUAUUGGAUGAGAAGACAACACAACUGAAACGUGAAUUGAAUGAAAUAUUGCGAUUACCUGGCUCGUCUGACGGACGCUUUGCAGAAAUAUAUAUGCCAUACCUCUCCAUGAUAAGGCCAGCAUUAACGGGUAGCCAAUAUCGACUGGUGAGCUAUCUCACGAGGCCAUGGAAAUUUUCAUGGAGUACGAGUCGAGACCUAUGGGACCAUCAGUUGUCCACUGAUCCAGCUUAUCGAACGGCUCUUUCCAGGGAAAACUCUUUCAAGAAUUCGUUACGGAGUUCUCUUCAAGAAGAAAAUGAUUUGUACGAAGAUUCUCCUCAAAUUGAGGAUUCUGAGGAGGAAAUUCAUAGUGAUGACAGUUUCGAUGAACCUGUCACACUGUAUUAG